UAAUGAGUCAAACAAGUCAGCGUAGCCUCGACUCGGAGCCGACCACCACACCAACGAACCGAAUCAAGUCGAACCACCGUCAAGCCAAGACAAGUCACCAGUUGGCGGUAUGCCAUUCAAACAAAAAGCUACAGUUCGAGCCCUAGCUGAGACUAGCCGAAUGCGACUCAGAGCAAAUGUUGGCAGUUGAAUUUUAGGCGUUGCCCGAUUCAAACCAACGUGCUGAGCAGCUCAAAAGUGUUUUUAAUUGACCCCGGUGUAGAUUGACUUGUUGUGGUUAUUGUCUUUUUUCGGUUAUUCGGUGGUGCAUCUGUAAGCUACCUUUGUGUGUCUUUCGCUGGAAAAACAAAGUUUUACAAGUUGUAUAAUAAAACAAAACAACAAAAGUAUCAUGAAUCAGAACGUUGUCGGAGUGUUCUUGGUGUUGAUCGCAGUUGCCAAUGCGGUGAAGGUGCCGGUAACCAUCUACUAUGAAUCACUCUGCCCAGAUAGCGCUAAGUUCAUUACGGAGCAGGUCUUUCCAGCUGUGAAGGGCGAGCUGCGCGACUACGUGGAAAUCAACUGGGUGCCUUAUGGCAAGUCGCAUUUCAUAACACAAGGUGCUGAAACGAUUUUCGAUUGUCAUCACGGUCCAAACGAAUGCUACGGCAAUAAAGUGCAUGCCUGCGCUAUCGAACAUAUUCAGGCCAACUCCUACCAAGUCGAAUUCACCAGAGAAUCACUAACUUUGGACUUCAUCAACUGCAUGAUGAAGGCAGGCAAGAACUUCGAUGACAACGUAUAUCCGGGUGCACGUUGCGCACGUGAAAAUCAUAUUAGCGCCUGGGAAAAUAUUCAGCAAUGUGCCAACACAACUGAAGGCAGUAUUUUACUCAAAAAACAAGGCGAAACCACCAUACAGUUUCAAAAUCCAUUGACCAGUGUUCCAACUGUUGUCUUCAAGCAGCAAUAUGAUGCCAGGGAAAACGAUCAAGCCAUGUCCAGCUUCCUGAAUGUUGUCUGCAAGUACAUUCCUCAACCGCAGCCGAAAGUGUGUGCCGCUCUUAACUCAGCCAUCGCCACCACUGUUACACCGCUCUUAGCUUUGUUGGCUUAUUUGCUGGUACGAUUAUUCUAAGCUACGAAAACACAUUUUACAAAGCCGCUGCAACAGGCGGGUACCUCCAUUUAGCUUCCAAUGACAAAAAAUGUUGUUGAAGUAAAAUAUUCGUAAAUCGUUUUUAUUUUUUAUACUUAUACAAAGCAAUCCGUCCAAGUAUUGUGAUUCUAAAUUUUUGUAUUCCGAAAUAUUAUCUUCAAAUGACACUUUUUAUAUUUAAAAUAUAUACUUACGAGUAUAUAUGUACAAUGUCUAAUUAUGACAGAUAUGUGUCUAUCUAUAAAGUAGAAUGUGUUUAUAGAACAAGUUUUAACUGUAACAUAAAUCAAUGAUAUCCAUAUUUGUAAAAUAUAUUAUUAAUAAAUACGUAUGUAUAUCUUUUUUCGAAAAGAUUUUGUAGACUCAAAAACAGUUAAGUAUAAUAUGGAGACAAUGGAGACUUAUAAAUAUGAAGAAUGUGCUCGCUGCAACCAGUGUAAA